UUCUAGGCAAACAUAUUUACUGUUUACUUUUCUGCGAAUCGAAAUGAAUACAAUAAUACUAUUCGUGUCCCUUAUCUCGGCGGUUGCAGGAAAUAGCGUUGAAAUAAACUGCCAAGAAUCAAAAGAACUGGAAUCAACCUGCGGAAAUUAUUGCUUUAAAGCCAUCAAACCUGUGUUAGAUCAUACAAAGUAUCUACAAAGUCAAACGCAGCACUUGAAUGAGCCAGACAAUUUAAAGAAACUUGUAGACACUUGGAUCGAACAGAAAUUAGACAAUUUGAGAGCAGCUGCUGAAGCAGAUUUACUUAAACACUUCAAAUUGCAAGAUGAAAAGGUCGAUCAAAAACUGCAAAAUCUACAGAAACUAAUAGAAGAACGUAAACAAAAAGUUGGGCCGUCUUUUCAGAAAAUUGGUUCGAAAUAUUAUUAUAUUGAAGAAUCUGAAGAGAUCAAUUGGAUGGGGGCAGUCAACAAAUGUCUAACCUUGGGUGGACAUUUGAUUAGUAUCGAAAAUCUAGAUGAGUUUAAUGCAAUCAAAAAAGAAAUUGCGGACUGAUAAAGAUUAUUGGAUUGACAUUAACGAUAUAUCUAAAGAGGGAGAAUUUACUUCGAUUUCUACAGGUCGCAAAGCAAACUUUUUUAUAUGGAAGUCUGGUGAACCAAACAAUAUUGGUAAUAAUGAACAUUGCGGCGAAUUGUAUUGCGCUGUUGGGCACCAAAUGAAUGAUGAUACAUGUAGUAAAAAAGCAAUUGUUUAUUUGUGAAUUUGGAAAUGAACAUAAAUAAAUACAUAGGUUAUUUAAAAAUUGCCUUCUCGAUUAUAGCAACAGUUUUUCAUACAAA